GAAGAAACAGAGAGGGAGAGACUGCAACGGUGUUUAAUUUUGAUUUUCUAAAAUAGAAGAGAAGAGAAGAAAGAGGAAAUCGAGAUGGGUCAGUAACACACGUUGUGUGAAGGCAAUGCAUGUGGUGACACAUGGAUGACAGGGAGAGGAAGGAGAGACCGAGAGACUCAUAUAGAGAGAGAAACAGAGAGAGAGAAAUAGUUGACGAGAGUGUAAGAAGCAGAAGCGGCAAUGGCAGCAAAACCCGCGAUCCCUCUUCAUACUUGCUGCGCCCCCAACUAUACUCGCCUUUACCUUUCUUCUUUGCUGUUGCAGAGAUUUAGAGACUUAUAUGGUUGAUAAAGAGGAGGGUUUUUUUUUUUCUUUUCCUUUUCAGUGAUUUGAUUUUUAGUGCUUCUUGUUUGAGAGCAAGGCAAAUAUGAAGGAGAAUAGUGAUGUGUUUAUUAGGGCAGAUCAGAUCGACCUAAAGAGUUUGGAUGAACAGCUUGAACGGCAUCUGAAUCGAGCUCUGACCAUGGAGAAGAAGAAGGAGACUAAUAGCAGUAGACAAGAGUGGGAAAUCGAUCCUAGUAAGCUUGUAAUAAAGGGCAUUAUUGCUCGAGGCACCUUUGGCGUCGUUCACAGAGGGGUUUACGAUGGUCAAGACGUCGCAGUUAAGUUGCUUGACUGGGGGGAAGAAGGUUACAGAUCUGAUGCUGAAAUUGCUUCUCUAAGGCAAGCUUUUACCCAUGAAGUUGCUGUCUGGCAUAAGCUUGAUCAUCCUAAUGUAACGAAGUUUAUAGGGGCUACUAUGGGCACAUCAGAGCUGAAUAUACAAACAGAAAAUGGUCACAUGGGCAUGCCAAGUACUGUUUGCUGUGUUGUUGUUGAAUAUCUGCCAGGGGGUGCUUUAAAAUCAUAUCUCAUAAAGAACCGGCGGAGGAAGCUAGCUUUCAAAGUUGUUAUUCAACUAGCAUUGGAUCUUGCACGAGGGUUGAGUUAUCUUCACUCCCAAAAGAUUGUUCAUAGAGACGUGAAGACAGAAAACAUGCUUUUGGAUAAGUCACGCACUGUAAAAAUAGCUGACUUUGGAGUCGCUCGUGUUGAGGCUCAAAACCCUAAUGACAUGACGGGUGAGACUGGGACCCUUGGUUACAUGGCUCCUGAGGUACUCAACGGCAACCCGUAUAACAGGAAAUGCGACGUGUACAGUUUUGGAAUCUGCUUGUGGGAAAUAUAUUGUUGUGACAUGCCUUAUCCAGACCUGAGCUUCUCAGAAGUGACUUCAGCUGUUGUUCGUCAGAACCUGAGGCCAGAGAUACCACGUUGCUGCCCAAGCUCCCUGGCAAAUGUAAUGAAGCGAUGUUGGGAUGCAAACCCCGACAAAAGGCCGGAGAUGGACGAGGCGGUGUCCAUGUUGGAGGCAAUUGACACAUCAAAGGGUGGGGGAAUGAUACCACCUGAUCAGCAACAGGGAUGUCUGUGCUUCCGUAAAUAUCGAGGGCCUUAGGAAAGACAAUUCCUUGGAGUGAAGAAGACAAGAAUUGAUCAAGGUUAGGAGAAUCAGUUUGUAAUUUGAGAGGUCAAAGAAAAAUUGGGAUUUCAGAAUAGAAGAGGCAGUGGAUGGUGUGGUAUAGCCUGGGAGGAGCUCUGCAGCCUCUUGUCCCCUUUGUGGGAAUAAGGAUGUAAAAGUUUUUUUUCUUUUUUUAAUGAGAUAAAAGCUUUCAUUUUGUUCU